GACUCUGUCAGCGGGAGCGGUGGUGGCGCGCGCUGGCGCGCUCACGUGGAGACAGUUGAGCUCUGGGGGAGCUGGGUGGGCGGCGCGAGCAGGGUCUUGUCUAGGCGUCUGGGCGCGCGCCGAAGCGUACCGGUGCCCCCCCGCGUCUGCCCUGCCUGUCUUUCCUGAGGGUUAUUGUUACCCUCAGAGCGGAGGGGCCAAGGCGGGUGGGAGGCGUGUUCUGCGCAGGCGUCCCCCGCGUCCCGACGCCAGGCUGUCUGUUCGCCGGGUGGGGCGGGGGCUCUUGCCCCCCUCUGAUCUGCGUGCGGGCUACGUCGGUUCCUGGGAUCGCGUGGAAAAGACCAGCACCCUGGCAGGGAUCAUGGAUUUUCCUGGCCACUUUGAACAGAUCUUCCAGCAGCUGAACUACCAGAGACUUCAUGGGCAGCUCUGUGAUUGUGUCAUCGUGGUGGGGAACAGACAUUUCAAAGCUCACCGCUCCGUCCUGGCGGCAUGUAGCACGCACUUCCGAGCCCUGUUCUCAGUGGCAGAGGGAGAUCAGACCAUGAACAUGAUCCAGCUGGAUAGCGAGGUGGUGACAGCGGAGGCCUUUGCUGCACUGAUUGACAUGAUGUAUACCUCCACCCUCAUGCUGGGGGAGAGCAAUGUUAUGGAUGUCUUAUUGGCAGCCUCUCACCUUCAUCUGAACUCUGUUGUUAAGGCAUGUAAGCAUUACCUAACGACAAGGACGCUGCCCAUGUCCCCCCCGAGUGAGCGCGUUCAGGAGCAGAGUGCCCGCAUGCAGCGCUCCUUUAUGCUGCAACAGCUGGGCCUGAGCAUCGUGAGCUCAGCCCUCAAUUCCAGCCAGAGUGGCGAGGAGCAGCCGGCCCCUAUGAGCUCCUCAAUGCGCAGUAACCUGGACCAGCAGACACCCUUCCCCAUGAGACGCUUGCAUAAGCGCAAGCAGUCUGCAGAGGAGCGGGCCCGGCAGCGCCUCCGACCCGCCCUGGAUGAGUCUGCCAUCUCCGACGUGACGCCAGAGAAUGGGCCGUCGGGGGUUCAUUCCCGGGAGGAGUUCUUUUCACCAGACUCUCUGAAGAUCGUGGAUAACCCUAAGGCCGACGGGAUGGCCGACAACCAGGAUGACAGUGCCAUGAUGUUUGAGCAGUCUUUCGGUGCUCAGGAAGAGGCCCAGGUGCCCAGCCAGUCGGACAACAGCGCCGGCAACAUGGCCCAGCUGUCCAUGGCCUCCCGAGCCACUCAGGUCGAGACUAGUUUUGAGCAGGAAGCUGCAACUGAGAAAAGUGGUUUUCAGUGUGAAAACCCUGAGGUUGGCCUUGGCGAGAAGGAGCACAUGAGAGUGGUGGUUAAAUCUGAGCCCCUGAGCUCUCCCGAGCCUCAGGAUGAAGUGAGCGACGUGACCUCCCAGGCGGAAGGCAGUGAAUCGGUGGAAGUGGAGGGAGUGGUGGUCAGUGCUGAGAAGAUCGACCUCAGCCCCGAGAGCAGCGACCGGAGUUUUUCUGAUCCCCAGUCCAGCACCGACCGGGUUGGGGACAUCCAUAUUUUGGAAGUCACAAAUAACCUCGAGCAUAAAUCCACUUUCAGCAUUUCAAAUUUUCUUAACAAGAGCAGAGGGAGUAACUUCAGCGCAAAUCAGAGCAAUGAUGAUAAUAUCCCAAACACCACUAGUGACUGCAGGCUGGAGGGGGAGGCUCCCUAUUUGCUGAGUCCAGAAGCUGGGCCUGCGGGCGGGCCCUCCUCUGCCCCUGGCCCUCACGGGGAGAACCCAUUCAGUGAGCCCGCAGACUCCCACUUCGUCAGGCCUAUGCAGGAAGUGAUGGGUCUGCCCUGUGUGCAGACCUCAAGCUACCAGGGAGGAGAACAGUUUGGGAUGGAUUUUUCCAGGUCUGGUUUGGGGCUGCAUUCCUCCUUCUCCAGGGUGAUGAUGGGCUCCCCAAGAGGAGGAGCCAGUAACUUUCCCUACUACCGCCGCAUAGCUCCCAAGAUGCCAGUGGUCACUUCGGUCAGGAGCUCUCAGAUCCCCGAGAACGCUGCCAGCUCCCAGCUCAUGAUGAACGCGGCCACAUCCUCAUUUGAAAAUGGCCAUCCUUCACAGCCCGGCCCUCCGCAGUUGACAAGGGCAUCUGCCGAUGUCCUGUUAAAGUGCAAGAAGGCCUUGUCAGAGCACAACGUCUUGGUUGUAGAGGGAGCUCGCAAGUAUGCCUGCAAAAUCUGCUGCAAGACUUUCCUGACCUUGACAGAUUGCAAGAAGCACAUCCGUGUUCACACAGUUCCACGUUUGGAAGUCAGAAAAGAGCUAGUGUUUGUCUUCGUUCUGAUGAUGUGGAGUCCUGUUCAGUGGGAUCUUUCAUGGUGCAUUUACCCUUUGCUCCAUGCAGACUUCGGGGGCCGGUCUAGCCGGACACAUCUCACCCAAUGGCAAGCCCCUUCUCUGCUUGGCUUCUUCACACUCUCAUGCCCCUUAGGGCAUCUUUCCAAGCCUAGAUUACUGUUUCUAGUUAAAAACUAACCAAAAGUGAAGUCAACCCACUCCCCCCACCCGCCAUAGGUUUUAUUACUGUUAAAUACUAUAGUUUUAAGGUACAGGCCCUGAAUUUUUGUUGUUGCCCCAACCCAAUACCAAAUGUUUAAGAUCGUUAGACACGUAGCAGUCUUCAUGGACGAAUACUCUGCAGACUCUGUAAGAGGGUUGGGCAGCCCAGAGCAUAGAAUUCACCACGCAGCAUCUGAGACAGAGGAGUCAUCUGGUCACUGCCCUAGGCCUUCUCUGGGCCCCGCAGCCUCACUUGCCCAGCCCUCCCGUGGUCUCCUGACCUCGUGCCACCAGGGCUUCAGGCAGCACCGUUUGGCAGAGCCCUGACUCGGUGCUCCAGGGCGAACAGCACAGGUUAUCGCGUUUCUGUAGAGCUCAUGGAGUCGGUUUAAUUCAUGCAUGAACAUGAGUUCAUUUUUUUAUACAGCCUUUUGAGAGACACCAAGCCAUGGUGCAUAACUGAGAAACCCGUCAGUCCUUGUGUUUAGAAAGGUCAUCAGCGUGUUUUCGCCUCUUCAUCGAGUGUGUGCAGUUACACAUCUGUCUGGAUAAACUUAUACAUGUUCAUUGUCGGGCUCAGCAUCUCCUAUGAACUCAUUCCCAGGGAGGAAAACCAAAAGGGAAACUUCUGAUUCCUCUCCUUCCAUCAGAUGUGGGGAGAGAUGGUUGGAGGAUAGGGGAUCCCUUGUGGAGUGCAGGUGUGUGUGGCUGAUUGUUGGCAGUCGUGCUCUGACUUGACAUGAGGAGCUCCACAUCCACCCUUCUGUGGGGACCAGUGUCUGAGAUGAACCCUGGGAGGCAGGCAGGUGGGUCAGCGUGGAGAACAAGAGCGGCCCUGCCUGGCCUGGGAAGAGGGACCGGUGGCACCAGGAAGAGCAGCGGCAGCCCUGCUCCCCUUCCACCUCGAAGAGGAGGUGCCAGAAGCUGCUGCCUCACCUGAGCUCCAGCUUAAGUGGACUUGGCUUCCUUCGGGGCCUGUCUCUGACACGGCAGCGGGAGCCCUGCCUCUCCACUGCCAGGUGGAAUCUGGAAUCUCUCAUCUACCUCUUAGUCAAUCAGUUUCUACGUGUGAGAAGCAAGCUUGUGGGCCAGUGUCCUCGUACAUGCUGUAGCACUUAAGAAAUAAUUCAGAGGUUCCCCGGAAAAACAGUCCCAGGGUUCCUUUGAUCAGUAGUUUUUACCUGAAUUAUAACUGGUAUUGGGUACCUGGAUUUUGAUGGUUAGCCUUAAUUAUAGCCUGGCAUAAUCAUUUCUGGUGACCAAAUCAUAAAGUUCUAUCAGGGCACCCAUGUCAGUGGUGCUAUGCUGGUCAAAAUUUGAAACUUUGAAAUAAAGAAUUUGUCAUAUUCAUGCCUCAA